AUGACAUCAUAUUGUGGUUGUUUUCCAAUAAUUGAAUUGCCAAAUGAUAUAAUUGGCGAAAUUUGCGCAAUACUUAAUCAAGUGGAUGUGCUUCUGCUCAUGUUGGUUAAUAAAACACUUUACCAAUUGGGACUUCGAAAGUUAUACCAUUCAAUAUACAUUGGUUCCACCUUUCCUCGGCUAUUGGUAUCUGGUCAUAUCUAUACUGCGUUCAACACAAAAUAUACAAUAGUAACAUCGGCAAAGGUUUUUGUUUCAGCACUAAGACAUACUUCAAAUGCUCAGCUAGUCAAAGAAAUAGUGACGACUGAUUUCGAACCAGAUGACUAUAUGUCUAUAGUAAGCUUAUUUCCUUGGGUUAAUAUUGUUCUAGAAUACGAAAAGAGUUGGGCUAGAUUUACAUGCCUUGAUCUACGGCUUUUAAGAGGACUAGAACUUACCAUUGAUAAUUAUAGGUUUUUUCAAGAUAAGGUAGCUGAUACCAACUAUUCAAUUAAGGAACUAACCAUGCAAUCAGGUGAUGGUUUAUUUAAUAUAAUCCCUAAAUUAAAGGGCUUGGAGUCAUUACAUAUAUCUCCCGUAACUACAGAAACACUCAUGGGACUUGAUCUUGCAGGUGUUUCCAAAUUGAAGAUUAAAGAAUUGUUUUUGCAGGACUGUGGACCCGAUUGCGAAGGAGGAAGAUUGUUUCACCAAGUGGAGGAACUUUUCAAUCUUGACUGUAUAAAGUCAUUUGGCUUCAGUAUGCUUUACAACAUGCGGUAUCGAGAUUUGGAGUCGAUUAUUCCUCGAUUGACUAAUGUUAGAAAUAUUUUUAUUCAAGGUGGAAUCAAUGAUUAUGGUCAAAUUUUGAUGGAGCUAAAGCCAAAUAGUUUACAUUAUUUAUGCUUGCAUGGAAAUUCCGUGUACACUAGCAAAGAGAGUAACAUUGAUUUUCAGCAACUUACGAAGAUUAUAGAGAAUCAGGAGCAAUCAUUGCUGACAUUAUGUGUUCUGAGAUCUGUUCCUCACUUUAUGAAAAAUACAUGUGUAAAUAGAUUUCACAAUUAUGGAUGUUGUAAAACUUCUGAUGAAUCACAACUACGUCUACUUGAGCAGAUCUUGGGAAAGGGAAGGAGGUUUCCUAGCUUGGAUACUGUCAUUUUGAAUGGCAGAUACCACUUAAUUAAGAGGCAUAUGCAAAAAGGUAUUGAGAUAAUUCCAUUACUUAUUGGAUCUGAGUUGGAUAAUUCUGUCUAG